AUGGCCGUCGAAGGGUCCCCCGCGAGGGGCAAGAAGAGCGGCGGCGCGGAGGGCGGCUGGGAGCUGGAGCAGGUGGCGGCCGAGGGCCCUCCGCCCCGCUCGCCCCGGGGGCCCCAAGGCGGCGGCCGCCUGGCUCGGCUGCGCAAGACGCCGGAGAAGAACGCCGAGAUCCUGAGCAGCCAGUACGGCUUGCACCUCUUCCUGGCGGGGCUGCUGCUGAUGUUCGCGUGGGCCGUGCACGCCAAGGGCUUCUCGCAGAGCGCCGUCCUCUCCUACCUCACCACCCUCAUGCUGCUGCAGAUCCUCUGGAUGGCCUGGUACAUCUGCCGCCGCUACGCGCACAAGAGGCUCAUCCAGGACAAGGACACGCACGCCGGGGCGCGCUGGCUCAAGUGUGCAAUUACUUUGUUUGCAGCGAUUACUUUAAUUAUGGACUCUUUCAAAAUUGGAUACUUUGUUGGAUAUUCAGAUUGCUUAUCAGUCACGGAAGGUAUUUUUCCUGCCACACAUGCAGUACAUACACUGCUGCAGGUAUACUUCUUAUGGUCCCAUGCAAAGGAUAUUAUCCAAUCCUUCAAAAUGUUGGAGAGGUUUGGAGUGAUCCAUUCUGUAUUUACAAAUUUGCUUUUGUGGACAAAUGGUGUGUUAACAGAAUCAAAGCAUCAACUUAAUGAACACAAGGAAAGGUUAAUCACUCUUGGAUUUGGAAACAUAACAAUAGAAUUGGAUGAUCAUGAGCCACAGUGUAAUUGUACCACAACAGUCCUCUGCUCCAUAUUUUCCCAAGGAAUAUAUUACCUGUACCCCUUCAACAUUGAGUAUCACAUUAUGGCAUCCACAAUGCUCUAUGUGCUAUGGAAGAAUAUUGGACGCAAAGUGGAACACCUUCAGCAACACAAGAUAACAUUCAAGUUUCAAGGGAAAACAUUGGGUGCCAUUUUAGGACUGAUUGUGUUCACCACAACAAUAGCUAUUGUUGUUGUCUAUUUGUUUCAGAUAGGGCGUUCAAAAAUAAAGAGCGAAAUAGGACUUAUUAUGUUUUAUUUGUAUAGUAUUGCAGUACUGACAAUGAUGUGUGCAGCUGGGAUAGUCGGUCUUCUGAUUUACCGGCUUGAAGAAAAAUCAUUGGAUGUUUCCAAAAACCCAGCUAGGAAACUUGAUGCAGACUUACUGGUUGGAGCUGCCUCAGGAUCCUGGCUUCUGUCUUGGGGUUCCAUCCUUGCAAUUAUUUGUGCUGAUUCUCACCCUACAUAUACAUGGUAUAAUCUGCCCUUUUCCAUACUUGUUAUAUUUGAGAAAUAUAUUCAGAACCUCUUUAUAAUUGAAUCCAUACACCGUGAGCAUGAAAAGGUUAAUGAUGACAUUAAAACAAUUCGUAUAGUAACUGUGUCCAAUGGAAAUACUCUUUCACCUGCACCUUCUUACAAAGAAAUAUAUAAUGGAAUGGAUGGCAUUCAAAAUGGAGAGUCACCAUACAUGUUUAAUGGAAAUAAUAUUCUGCCUGAGAGCAGUGGAAGUGAUGCUCUAGAUGAAGACAAAAGUCAAGGCAACACCCCAGUCACUCCCUCCACCUCUGAUUUCUCACUUUAUAGCAAAAAUUCUUCUGUCAACAACAAAAGAAACAUCCUGAAGAAUAUUGCUGCAUUUUUGUUCCUAUGUAAUCUUUCGCUUUGGAUUCCACCAGCUUUUGGCUGCCGCCCUGAGUAUGACAAUGGACUGGAAGAAAUGGUUUUUGGAUUUGAGCCUUGGAUCACGGUGGUUAACCUUGCAAUGCCUUUUUCCAUUUUCUAUCGGAUGCACUCAGCUGCUUCCCUUUUUGAGGUCAUUUGCAAAACAUGAAUUUCAUUUUUUUUAAAAACAGUGAAGGAUGGAUGGAUGGCUAAAGAACAUGAAUGCAGCAGCCAAUGUUUGGCCAAAGUAGAGCGUGCAGUUUGAAUGAAAAUAUAAUGAAGAAGAUACAGACAAUUGACAAGUGCCAUAUUUUGAAGAGCAAAAAAGAGGACACAUUUGCCGACUUCUACUUUUAACCAUGGAUCACUAUGACGACUCUACCCAUGAAAAAGAGGAUGUGUCCUGGAAAAAGAGGAUAUGGGGCAACCGAAGGUGGAACUCCUAAUACUUCAUCAGUCCCUCCUGCCACAACAAUGUAGGCAAGAAUUUAAUACAUUGUCUAUAUGGCGAAGUCAAUGAAAAUAAGACUGAACCUUUCCCUGGCUAUUUUUCUCCCCUGUUAGAAAAUAAAACACAUUACCAAUUCAAUGUAUAUAGACACAUUUUUCUCUGAGUUCUUAGAGAUUUGUAAUCAUCAUCAUCAUCUAGCCAUGGACAUAGCCAGGGGGGCAGCUGCCUCCCUAAUCAAGUAAAUAAAUAAAAAUACUUAACUAAAAGUAGAAAUUGUAGAAAGAUUUUGACAGAUUUUUCUGAGCACUUGGGGUCAAAAGAAAGUAAUUUAAAACAACUGUUGUUGAGACAUUUCAUUUUGAAUCUGCUAGACAGAGCCAGACAGAGGAUGAUGACAAGGGGGUGUCCCCCCCCAACAUAAAUCCUGGCUAAGCUCAUGAAUCUAGCCACAUUUAAUCACAUUUAAGUUUUGCUGAUUGCAAUGGCGGGAGAGCACGUGCACCAGUGGGACUAAAAAAUGUCUGGAUUGGUUGAGCAGACAAUUUGAUGUUUGAAAAAUAGGAGAACAAUGUUAUGUUAACAUUUCACAAGACAGACAUGGCUAGAUACUGGAUGCCACAAUUGCUUUGUACUUGUUAUAUGUAUU